CUGCAACUUAUUUAUCAGCAGGUCCAAUUCUUAUCUGCCGUAUCACAGCAACAAUAAACGAUACCUUUUGCUGGAUCUAACCAAGUCACUGUCAAAAAUUUACCUUGCAUUUCUUUGUUAAGUUCGUUAUUUAAAAGCUUUGGAGCACAAUUAUUCUUUAAAAAUGAAGUUACUUUUCCUGCUACUUCUUUUAACGGUACUCAGCUUGUGCACUACUGCAUCGCGGGAUGCAAAACCCACAGUGAAAAUUGGCAUUAAAAAGAGGGCGGAGAAAUGUGAAAUGAAGGCAGGCAAAGGCGACACAAUCCAUGUUCAUUAUAGAGGUACGUUGAAAGAUGGCACCGAAUUUGACAGCAGUUAUGGACGCCAGAAACCAUUUUCGCUAAAGCUUGGUAUUGGUCAAGUGAUUAAAGGAUGGGAGCAAGGCCUCUUGGGCAUGUGCGAGGGCGAAAAACGCCGCUUAGUUAUACCUCCUGAGCUGGGCUAUGGCAAAGCGGGAGCUGGCGAUAAAAUACCACCAGAUUCAACGCUUAUCUUUGAAGUAGAAUUAGAGAAGAUUGAUAGACCGAAAAGCGAUUUAUAAAUGCAUGUAAAGAUUAAGUCGAAACUAUACCACUGAUAUAUUGUUUUAUAAAAAAUCUUAUAAGCUACAUAACUUUGUAUAUUUAGUAAAGAAGAAUCAGAAGUUGACCACUA